AUCUGCUUUACCGAUAUACUGGCAUUGUCAUGAUUAUCGAGCAGUUGAUAAGAACAACAAACUGUCAUGUGAGUUAAAUCGAAAACAGACAAGCGACUUCCAAAUCGACACGAUCCAGCUCAGUCAGAGCUUUCUCAACCCGUGCUCGGUUUAAAUUUUUAUUUUCUCGAAUUUUUCGCUCUAACCGGAAUGAAUAAGCCUUUAAAUACAAAUGUUACCACUACGGCAUGGGUUCGAGAGAGCCAUUUGCCCUGGUAUCAGCGAGCCAUUAUCAAGGUUCUGAAAGCGGGCCCUAUUCCGCGACACGUCGCCUUCAUUAUGGACGGGAACAGACGCUUCGCCCGGAAGGAGAACAUCGAAAAGACCGAGGGUCAUUCGAAGGGUUUUGAUAAGCUAUCAGAAACGCUACAGUGGUGUCUUGAUAUUGGCAUCCAAGAGGUCACAGUGUAUGCUUUUAGUAUAGAGAACUUCAAACGUAGUCAGGAUGAAGUGGAUGGUCUACUGAAUCUAGCAAAAGAAAAGUUCGAUCGCCUGCGCCAGGAGACUGAUAAGCUGCGGGAGCGUGGCAUUCGUAUUCGAGUGAUUGGUAAUAUAGGUUUAUUACCUUUUAGUAUACAGGAAAGCAUACGAUCGGCGAUUUUGGAAACCGAAAAUAACAGCAAGGCAUUUUUGAAUGUUGCCUUCGCUUACACCUCGCGGGACGAGAUGACACAUUCCAUUAGAGCAGUUGCGGAAGGAGUUUCCGAAGGUAGACUACAGGAGGAUGAUAUCGACGAACAGCUGCUCGGGCAGUGCAUGUACAGCAGUGAGUGCUCUAAGCCGGAUCUGCUGGUACGAACCUCCGGGGAAGUACGAUUAAGUGAUUUUCUCCUCUGGCAAACCAGCUCGACAGUAAUUUACUUUACCAAAACUUUAUGGCCCGAUUUCAAUAUAUGGCACCUAUUUGGGGCCGUGUUCUACUAUCAACGUUGCCGCUGGCAAGUUGGUACCGGGGCAAACGAUGGAGCUGAGGCUGAGAGCCAAGAGAGCUCUGCUGAAAUUGCUGAAAUAAGGAGGGGAAAGCUCGAGAGGGUUAAAACGUUUGUUGAACAUUUCCACAAUCUCUAUCGUCAGAAUAUCUUAUCGAUUGGUAAAGGGAUUCCUUUUGAUUUCCCUUAAAUAAAGUAAUGCAUCACACUUUGAAUCAACAA